AUGGAUAGCGAAAAGUAUUUACCAGAGCUGCUGGCGGAGAAAGACUCUCUCGACCCGUCGUUUCAACACUCCCUGCGGCUACUCGAUCAAGAGAUUGAAAAAAUUCAGAAAGAUGAAGGGAAAGAAGAGGAGAAGUUCAUCGAUGUUGUCAUCAAUAAAAACAUGAAGCUCGGACAGAAAGUGUUGAUACCAGUCAAACAGUUUCCCAAAUUUAACUUUGUGGGGAAGUUGCUGGGUCCACGGGGGAACUCUUUAAAGAGACUACAGGAAGACACGCUCACUAAGAUGUCUAUUCUUGGGAAAGGCUCCAUGAGAGAUAAGGACAAGGAGGAGGAGCUACGGAAGAGCGGUGAGGCCAAAUAUAACCAUCUAAAUGAGGACCUCCACGUUCUGAUUGAAGUUUUUGCCCCUCCGGCUGAAGCCUACGCCAGGAUGGGACAUGCCCUCGAAGAGAUCAAAAAGUUUCUCAUUCCGGAUUAUAAUGAUGAAAUUAGACAGGCACAGCUGCAGGAGCUCACCUAUCUGAACGGCGGAUCAGAGGAUGCCAAGGUGCCCGCCGUCAGGGCUAAACCCGCAGCGAGGGGCAGAGGGACGCCAGCCCCAGGACCACACAGGAGCCGGGGCGGUGUGCCCCCACCUCAAGCGGCAGUCCCAAGGGGAGUGGCACCCAGGGGGGCUCCACCCAGCCGGGCACCAACCAGCAGAGGGCGGGGUGUCCCCGCCCAAAGGGCCAGAGGGGCACCCCCUCCUUCUGGAUACAGACCGCCUCCACCUAUAGUCCAGGACACAUACGGAGAAUAUGAGUACGAUGACGGCUACGGAACAGCUUACGACGAACAGGGGUAUGACUCCUACGACAACAGCUACAGCAAUCAAGGACAAAAUUCUGAUGAUUAUUAUGAAUAUGGCCACGGCAUGAGUGGGGAGUCCUAUGAUUCAUAUGGUCAAGAAGAGUGGACAAACAGCCGGAAUAAGGCUCCGCCGUCUAGAACAAGCAAAGGCGCGUUCAGAGACCAGCCCUACCCCAGAUACUGA